AUGCAUUCUGUAUCGGCUUCGUCAAGUCGUAUACUGUACGACGUGCCAUGCGCGGUGUGUUCCGACCAUUCCUCAGGCAAGCACUACGGUGUGUUUGCUUGCGAUGGUUGCGCGGGCUUCUUCAAGCGAUCCGUGCGACGGGACCGACGCUACUCCUGCAAGGCUCGCAACCCUGGCGGUUGCCUUGUCGACAAAGCUCAUAGAAACCAAUGCCGCGCAUGCCGCUUAGAUAAAUGUCUACAGGUCGGCAUGAAUAAAAAUGCUGUCCAACAUGAAAGGGGUCCUCGAAAUUCCACCAUACGGCGCCAAAUGGCACUAUUUCUAAAAGACCCACCGCCAGGCUCCGAAGUGCCUGUGCCGGGACCUCCUCCGUUGAACCUAGCCUUACCAAAGCAUAACUUGGUAGCGCCGCCACCAGUUCCACUAUACAACCCUUAUAAUUACCCACCAAUGGGGAUAUUUAAUACUCCAGUUACCUCAAUGCUAGCGAUGCCGCCAUCACCACCUAUGUUAAACCCGGCGAUGUUCAGGCCCAGCGACCCAUCAACGAUCUGUGAAUCAGCGGCAAGGCUGCUAUUUAUGAACGUGAAGUGGUCUCGCAAUAUCCCUGCAUUCGCCAACCUCUCCAUGGAAGAUCGACUUGCCCUUCUAGAAAACUCUUGGAAAAAUCUCUUCAUUCUAGGGGCUGCUCAAUUUCUUCACCCCAUGGAUUUAAACAUGCUAGUAGAUAGGAAUAUUUCAAUUGUAGUUAAUAAAAAAGAAAUUGAUAUCUUUGAAAAAUCAUUAGAAGAAAUUUCGAAAUUGAAUCCGGACGCGAAUGAAUAUGCUUGUCUCCGGGCCAUAAUGCUGUUCAAUAGUCGCCUAGACAAGGAAGGUGACAGCAGUCCCAACCGCACCAGCUCGGAGAACAAGAAACUGCAGGACGUGGCUGCAGUCGCUCUUCUCGAGGAACACUCAACGCUCAUGUUGAAUGAGUAUUGCCUCCGGGUAUAUCCACUGCAGCUGCGCAGGUCGAGCCGGCUCAUGGGCCUGAUUCCCAUCAUCAGGAACGUGCCAAGCUUUACCAUCGUCGAGCUAUUCUUCAGGGCUACCGUUGGCGACAUCCCGAUAGAACGUAUCUUAGCCGAUAUGUACACUAAUGGAAGAGCUGUUUAA